GAAUCUUAGUAUUAAGGACACAGGUCGUUUUGUUAUCAGAUUAAAUAAUAAAAAAAUCGCCAAUAAUUAGACACAUGACAUAAGCUUAUCGAUGCGGAUAAGUAACACGCGUUUUUGCUUUCAUUAUACUUUCAUUCGCGUAUGGCUUUAACAAGAAAAUAGACGUGUUGUGCUUAAAUUAAUGUGAUCUUAUACAGUUUCUGAAGAAUGAAGGCCUCCGAUACGUUGCACAGAAACGGUAAAAGCGAGAAUGGAUCCAAAAUUACAGAGAAACACGAACAAAAACAUAAAGAUCCUUUGACGGAAGGCGUGAAAUGGAUCGAAAGAUACGCCGAAAACUUGGAAAAUUUCUUCGAGAGACUACCGGAAUUCAUUUCCACGUUUAUAGCGACUCUGGCGGUGUUUACCUUUGGAUCAAUUUUAAGAGGAGAGUGGGUCGUCAUUCUAGUCACAGCGCUGAAGCAAAUCACGGGACACACGCAAACCAAAAAUGCCUCAGUCGAGGAAAUAUUCGAGCUGUUCACAUCUAGAAACUUGAAAAUGGAGAAUUUCAGUAUCAUAUUCAUAUUAGCUAAUGUUGUUUCAUUUGGAUUUUACUUUAUCAUCGGAGGAUUUUUACAUUGGUACUUCUACGUGAAGAGAAGGCACCUCGCCAGUGAAUGGAAGAUCCAGCCGAACAAAUGGCUGUCCCCUGAGUUGGAACGCCACGAAAUCAUGAUAGGAACCCUAUCUCUCAUUAUUACAAGUUCAUUCUCAGCUUUUUUAGCCUGUUACAUCUUCAAUGGGAAUCCGUGCACAGUCUAUUUUCAGUUCGAUGAGUACGGAUGGAUCUGGUUCUUCUUGCAGUUUCCAGUUAUUUUCAUUUAUAUUGAUUACACGACCUAUAUUAUGCAUCGUCUUUAUCACACUCCUUGGUUGUACAAGCAUUUCCACAAGCUCCACCAUAAGUACAAACAGCCUACAGCCUUUUCUGUAACUGCCAUCCAUCCAGUAGAAAUUAUGCAUAUCCAACUAACGAUGUGUCUACCUCUCUUCACAAUACCUACACAUUGGGCAUCAUUCUACGCUGUGGCCAUUUACAAUUACUACCACGGCAUCAUUGAUCAUUCCGGCAUCAAUUUUAAGGCCCAGUGGUGGCAGCCGUGGCAGCCUGACGCCGAAUUCCAUGAUCAGCAUCACGAAUUUUUCCAUUGCAACUUUGGCUUCAAUAUGUAUCUGUGGGACAAGUGGCACGGUACGAUGAGGAAGCAGUACAACGUGUACACCGAAGAGACAUUCCACGGUGAGGCUCCGUCUGCAGAAACGGCCGAAGGAAAGGCGAUAUUGGAAGCGAACCCCGAACUUAUUGAUAGUAUCAACAAACCAUUACUGACAAAGACUGAAACCCAAAAAACUAAAUGAUUUAACUUGCUAAAGUGAGCCCGUAGUCCUAUCGUGUAUCCAGCACAAAAGGCCAGCCCAGAUUUGAGGCCGGACGCAUAACUCAAACCUCAAAGAGUAAUUUAGCAAUUUACUUACAAUAUCUAGGACAAUAAGUCGGUACUUACCAGCUGUGUGCUCGUCUCUAAGUGUAAACUAAAAAAUAAGUAUUAUCUGUUGUUAAAAUCAUCGAGAAUAUUUGAAUUACACGUUAAAAUAGUUUUAAAUAGGAUCGAUUUUUCUAUAAACAGAUUAUGAAGCGCCAGGAGGUUUUGUAAUAACCACAUUAUCUAUUGGGUCCUGGAUUCGAUUUCCCCAACCUCAUAUAAAAUAAGACAUAAAAAAGGACUACAAAUAUUUUAUGUUUCUAUAUUAUUUUAGUUUAUUAGCUUAAAUAGGCAGACGAACUCACAGCCAAUCUGAUGUUAAGUGGUUAAACGGCUGAGAUAUACAAGUCCUAAUUAUAACGAUAUAACGAUGUCCAAUAUAAAAUUGAAUGGCAUAAAUUAUUUAAAACAAAUAUGAGUAAUGAUUAAAAUGGGAUUUAUUGACGAUAUUUACCUCAUGAGUAUGAAAUAAAUAACUAAAUAAUUAAUCGGUUGUAAUAUUGUAUGGACAUCCCAAAGAAAACCUAUAGAUGAUAAUAAAUUAUAUUCCAAAAUUA